AUGGAUGAGGUCGCAGUCUGGGAGGGACAUAGGUCCGAGAUUGAACGUUUGUAUCUCAGAGAGAACAUUACUCUUAAUCAGCUCAUGAAAGUUAUGCGGAUCGAAUAUAGAUUCCGUAAAACGGCCAACCAGUAUCAUAAACAGUUCCAAAAAUGGAAUUUCAAAAAACGCCACGGACAAAUCAUUUGGAAAUAUGUUGAGCAUCAGCUGAGGAAAAGAGGAGAGCGAGAAACUGAUGUCUUGAUCGACGACCAGCUCCAAUCACCGUCUAAAGUCCAACGUGAAAUCCGACGACAGGGUUACCGAUUGACUAUCGACAGGUUUCGUACAGGUAAUUGA